AUUUGUGUUGGUGCCAUGACGCAAAACAAGGAAGACUAACAUGGCGGAGGGCAAUGUUCACAAUGGCUAAACCUUCAUUCAAAGGUGGUUUCUUGAUAAAUACAUGGAGAACCGUAUACGAUCAUUAUGGAGACCUAAGGAUAAACUCAUAAAGUAUCCUUAGUAGUGACAAUGGGCGGAAAACAGAGCACGAGUGCGCCCCGCGUGCGGACAUUCUCGGGAAGUGCACCAGGCACAAGUGGUACAGGUGCAGAAAUGACAUUAGGUGCAACCUCUUCUGCAAGUGCACGUUUGAGGGCCCGGAGUCUGGGGAGUUUCGGGCCGGGUCCAGGGACAAUGACAAUACCCAAUUCUAACGGAAACACGCGGGGAGCUGGCUCUCCCGACUCCGAUUCUAGCUCACCAGAGGAAGGUCCUACGUUUGCGGGACGAACUGUCCCCCAUUCAUUACCCCUUCAUUUAUUUGCACUUCACGGAAUCAAAUGCCCUGUAUGUUCCAAGUUCAUACCACCUGAUGACAUAGAAUGUCACCUUGUCCUCUGCCUCACCAAGCCUCGCAUUAGUUACAAUGAGGAUGUGUUGACGGAUGAUAAGGGCGAAUGUGUGAUAUGUCUGGACGACCUGGAGAAGGGGGACACCAUCGCUCGACUACCAUGUCUAUGUAUAUACCAUAAAGGAUGCAUCGAUAAGUGGUUUGAGAAGAACAGAUCUUGUCCAGAACACCCAGCAGAGUAACACAGGGGGGGCAUAGUUCAUAUAUCAUACUUUCAUCAUAUGGUUAUUUUAUUGGGCUUUCAAUGGACAUAUAUAUAUAGAUACACAUAAGUUAUGUUUUUGUAUGAUUUUUAGCUCACCUGUUCCAGAGGUGAGCUUGUGUCAUGGCACUUCGUCCGUCUUCUAUUGUCUUUCAACUUUUCAUGUAAAUCCCUACUAGUCAAAAACUGCUGAGCGGAUUUGGACUAAAGGUCAGAAGCAUUGUUGGGUGAAGGGGAAGCAAUUUUAUAUAAACAGUGGGUCUCAAUCCCUGGUCUGGUCUGGAGCAUUGUUGAGCAAAGGAUAUUUAACUGUUGCAUAUAUGGAGGGUAUGGCUUCCCUGGGGCUGGCAGGGCCGGGCCCAGUAGGGAAAAUGUAGCUGAAAAUGCAACAAGCCAUCAUCUUCUUUUAGAAUGACAAAAUUUGGUCAUUUGGUUUGAAAAAUUGUUGAGAGAGGAAUUUCAAAAUGUAAAAUUUUGUAAUCUAAUUUGAAUUUAGUCAUGAUUACUGAAAUAUCAAGGUGAGUGAUACAGGCCCUCGUGGCCUCUUGGUUUUUUUUGUGUCUGAACUGAUGCACAAACUUGCUGUGCAGUUACUGUAAGGUAGAAAAAUGUUUUUGACUUGAGAAAAAAAUGUUGACCAUGUCCAUUUGGUGUAUAGCAUCUCCACUGUGUAUUGUAUGGUAAUAUAAUAAACUGAAUGCUUUAUUGUUGUGGUGAGCUCAUCCAAUUUGACUAUCUUCUCAGGAUCAAUCACAAGCAUUUUUAUUGUCUUUUAAAAAAAAGAAAUUCAUGAUAUUGGGAUCUUACUCUAUCCAGCUGUGCCCAGAAAGAUUAAGGGGAGAUAACUCUGUGACACUUGUGAUUUUAAAGUGAAGUGGAAGAUGAAGGAAAAUAGAUACAUUGGUACCAAAGAGAGGAUCCUUGGAUAUUCAAACUAGGUUGAUAAAAGACCUGCUCAAACAUUCUGUAUUUUAUUUAUUCAUUCAUGCAGAUCAUGUGGCAGAAUUCCUUAUAAGCUCGGCACUGUGUGUUCUAAUACAUCAAAGAUACCUGUGGCCAUACAAGGUACAAAAUUAGGAAAAACAUUUCCUUCGCAAAAUUUAAAUGGCUGUGACCUUUACUCUGCUUCCAGUAGUUUGUAGUUUGUCCAUUCACAUAGACAAUGUCUGGACAAGAUUUGAAUGUUUUACAGUUGAAAGAAAAUUCAGAAAAAUUCUUUUAGAAAUUAUUUUAAGUCAGCAUUCUCUGUAGAGAAUAGAAGUUGUGCUACGUAACAUAUAUUGGCUUGUCUAGUCAUUUAAGUAUUUGGUCGCCAUCAUGAUGUGCCCAAGUAAUGAACUUGAAUUAAAGGGAGAUAACUCCAGAUUUGCAUGACUAAGAUCUGGUCCGAUACUUGUAAACAAUGAUGUGAAGAUUUGUAAUGGUGUUGAUUUUAGUGGGUUUUUUUUUUUUUUUUUUUUAAUUUGGAUUCAUUUUGAUGUGUAAUAUGUACAUUUCUGAUUGUUUAAUUUUUAUGGAAAAAAAUCUGCAUGAAAUCUAAUAAUCUAACAUAUUUUUUAAAACAACUUAUAUUAUUCAGAUGAAUGUUUUGUUAUAUGACUGAAAAACAUUUUCUUAAUUUGACAAAAUUUUAUUUCCUUGUUCAUCUAUAUAAGGUUGUUGAAAGUGAUUUGAAGAUUUCAAAAAUAGACUAAUAUGUCAUCCGUAAAUCAUUUCAAAAUUUGUUGGUUUUUAGAAAUCAUAAUUUUCACAUGCACAUAUUAUCAUCAUUCUUAUCAUACAAAACUGACUUAAUAUUCCAUAUCUUAAGUACUUCUGAAAAAGUUAAAUACAUACCCAACAGUGAAAAUGAUUUGUCUCAAAGAAUUUAUUUCUAGUGUCACAUCAUAUUAGUCAUAAGAUUGACAGUUUACUUUUAAUGUUGUACCAAAUAGGUAUAUAUUGUUGUUUAAUUGAUUUGAUCUGGAUCCAGUUUGACAAAUUCUUUUUAUAAGGUUUUAUUUUUCCCACAGGUUUUUUCAAUAAAGUUCAUCCAGCCAAAGAAAUUGAAUGUAAAAAAAAACUAGAAAAAAUACUAAUUCAGGGUGUGAGUUUUAUUUCAAAGAGUAGAUUUAUUUACUGACUGGCUUAAGCUUCAUGCAACAUAACAUUUGAUGCAGUAUAAUAUGAGGCAUGUUGUGUUUAGAUCCAUGAGUUGAGAGAAUUUAUCUACACCCAGGGAUAUUGAGGAUUUUCCAAACUGUUGGCAACAAAAAUGAUAGUAUAUUACUGUGUAAUAGUUCCUAAUCAAAUCUAUAUCAGUUUUAUGACAUACAAUGUAUGAAAUGCUCGAGUUACUUUUUGGUUAAGAUACUGGUUUCUGACUUCGCAUUUCCUUAUUGCCUCAUCUGUAACAUCCAUUUGGACAAGGAAAUAUAUUAGUAUGAUCUGAAUUGAGUUUGAGUCAAACAAACACAUUUAAGGGCACAGGAACUUGUCACAAAUCUCUGUGGUUAAAAGUAACGAUUUUUUAAAGAGUAAAAUAACCAUCUUCAACCUAAUAAGUGCACUGUUACAAAACCAUGUGAUGGGGAAAGUUUCCAUUUGAUAUUAAGAGAGUAUUUGGUUAAAAGACUUUCAAAGAUUUUAUUGGCAGAUUAAUGUAGUACGGAACUUUUCAUGUUUUAUGCACCAUCCACCAGGUGAGCUUAUUAGGUCGAAUACGGUAUUUGAACAUAUAGCUCUGUUAGGAAAUUAAAAGAAUAUUCUUGUCAGUUUGGUAUGUUCAUAAAUCAUUGUAUGUUCAUUCUGUAUAAUAUUUUACAAUUUGGUGUGUUGUAUUAAAGGAUCAUACCAAAACACUGUUGCAUAUCAUAUUAGCUCGAGGUACACGAAUAAUAUGCAGAUAUUUCAUAGCACUAUCGAAGGUGCCAAAGUCAUCGUCAGAGAUAUGUUGUUUGAAUCAUGAAACAACAUUUAGUGCAAUGUUUAACGACAAACUGUAAAUGUACUGUGCAAUUAUAUCGGCAGUAAAGUCAGAAUUACUGAUAGUGUUGCAUUGUUUGUAAUUUCAUAUGGCCCAUUGUUUAUUCCUUGUGCUGUGAAAUGUAUCAGUGAGUCUUUGCACUAAAUUUUCUACAUGCGAAAUGGACUUUUUGGUUACAAUCAACAUUAUUCACAUCAUUUCUGAAAAAUGUCAUGAAAAAUACCACGAAAUCAUCAUAAAUGAGUACAUUGUAACUUAGCGAGAAAGUUGUAUCUGUUGCAUCAAGAUUCUCCAGAGAAAACUUGUGUACAUUGAAAUUCUGUGAGAAAUGUACUGACUAAUUCUGAUAACAGUAUCUUCAAACUCAUGUUUAAUAUAGAUUCGAUACAUUGUACAGAUCAUUUGAGAGAGAAAUAAAAAUGUUUCGACAGAGAAAAUAGUGCCUGUGAAAAUCAUAAUGUUAACCUAAGAACUGAUGUGGUGCUUUCUAGGAAGUUUCAUGUGAUUUAUAGAGAGCUUGCAAAAUUCUCCCAAAAACAACCGUAAUUGAUACUUUUAAUUGAUAUCUCUAUAAAUCUACUAGCAACAUUCAAUUUUAUUAUCAGAUCAUGAUCAUUAGAUGAAGAUAUCAAGCCUCUUGUUAUUACACCUUGUGCCAAUCAUAAGGAAUCAAUUUAAAGUGCUUUUUACCACAAAUUCACAGAAGUCUUUUGUUUUCUUUAGCUGUUCACUUCUAACACAUCGGAGAUUCUGUUUAUCAUCUGCUCUGAGCAAAAAAGUGUAUGAUUACAUGUUUUGUGAGUAUUUUCAUUAGAUAUAUUCCAAGUUUUCUAAAAUCUUGUCUAUUCUGUGGAAUCGUUUAUCGAUUGACGAUUUUUAAGCCAGAUUGACAGACAUCUUUGUAUGUCUAUGUAACAGAAUCUAAAACUAUUUCGAGUUAACUUCGGACAGUUAGCUUAUACGAAAACAGUGCUAAUCUUAAGACAUGAUACCUUUAUAUAUACUAUUUUUAGUCUCACCAGAGCCCCACUCGAUUUGCACUCUUCUCCUUCUAGAGUAUAUCUUCCGGUCACUCGAUUUUUAGCUCUUCUGCUUCUGGAAGAUCUUAAAGCUUCUAGCUCUUCCAUCUCGAAGCUGGAAGAUUUAUCUUCGAAGAUGGCGGCGACCAAUAAUUGUUUUAAGUGUGCGAGUGAUGAGUUUCACUAGAGAAGGAUAUAUGACACAUACAUGCAUGUGUUUGUGUCAUAGUAUUUGAGAAAACUUAAAAACUUGUUUAUUUUGGGUUAUAUUCUCCCGGUUUACUCGAUUUACAUAUAACGGAAUGCGAUCUUCUUAGAAGGCUUCUCUUCUGAGAAGAGUGUAAAUCAAGUUGGGGCUCAGCAACCUGUUACCUGAAGAACGAGAGGUCAGCUGACUAAGCAAAAACCAUUCAACACAAAUUUUGCGUGAUGACUUCUAUAUUCAUCAGUAUUUGAUACAAAGUUAAAAUUUGAAAAAUAAAAUCCCUCUCUAUCAAAAGAGAUAUACAAUCCUCAAGUUUCUCGGUAUACAUCAUGUUUCAAUACUGUAAACCACUCACUUACCGUCAAUAUGGUAGUUUUUACCUUCAAUAAUGUAACUUUAGCAUCGGUGUGAUAGUUGAAAUUUAAAAUUUAGCAAAUCUGCUGCAGACUUCAGCUACACAGAAAGUUUCAAAGAAAUCUUAUUAAUGUGUUUUGGUAUGUCGGGUGACUUUAAAUUCAGCAUCAGUAGCUUAUAAAAUCAAUCGCAUCCGACAAUGUAUAAAUCGAUCACCAUAUUGUUUUAAUGUUACAGACUUAGAGAGGUAGCAAGUCUAUAUUAAGUAACCUUUUCAUGUCAUAUCGUUUCUUAUCAUAACUUCAUAAUGUAUAUUUUUGCAAAAAUAAAAGUUAAGACUAUGAUCAGGUACAGCUAUGAUUUGUGUUUGUUUUAAUAUAUGUACAAUCAAAACUAUAACAUGUGCUGUGUACAAUAUUUACUGUUAGAUAAUAUAUCUUUUUAAUUUAUAUAAGGAGUGACGUUUUGUUCUGUCAGGUAGAUUUUGCUUUGUAGAAUUUCAUGUGAAUACUGGUUGCCAUUAUUAAAACAAUGAUAACAUUUUUCUGAAGACGGUUGAAAACAAAAUUACUUUUAUUAUCUCGAUUGCAUUACCAUUGUGGUAGUGACGUAACACACUUUUAUUAUUUGUGAAGUAUUUCUCUAUUUUUCUUCUUGCUUUUGAUAUUAGCAUUCCAGAAUUUAGUAGCCCUAUAUUGGGAACAAACUUUGAAGACUUGCAUAGCUUUACAAUAUCAGGCGUUACUUUUUCAUAGGAAAGGGGAAAAAUAGAUGAUUUUAUCAGUUUUCAUAUGAAAAUAUAUUAACAAGUGGAUUGUCUCCAUUCUUGGUAAUAUGAAAAUCUGUUGUGUACAUGUGUAUUUAUUUUAAUGGUAUGUCAGAAGUGUUAAGAUUAUUUUAAAGAUGAAACUGUCUAAACUAACUUUAGGACCAUGUACAACUUUGUCGAAACUGUAUUCCUGGUAUCGUAGAGAUGUUCACAUAAUGAUUCCAAUAUUUCUCAUUUGUGACAUACAGUUUCAUAACAUCAUGUUUUAUAUACAUAUUCUUCCUCUAGAAAGAACUGCAUGUAUCGUGAAAAUGUGUGUGUCGCAAUUCUACCUAUUAUGAAUCACUACUUUUUCGUAAUGUACUCCUGUAUAUUUUAGCGAAAAGAGUUAUUUUAUAAUGUGAAUUUAAAUACAUCACAAAUAUUUAUUCCAGCACGUACAAUAAGUGGCUUAUAUAUCCUGUAAAUGUUCCUUUUUCACGAUUUGAAAUCCCCGUCGAUAGGUUUGAAAUAAAAUCGUGAAAUAAAUUCACAAUACUGUUAUCUGUUUUUAUCCAUAAAGUGGGCAAAAAAUGUUCUUUGUUAUACUGUGUCUUGUGAUAGGGAACUUCAGUCUUGGCUUUACCAAUGUGAUAUUCACUAAAUAUAUUACCAGAUAUUUGCUUAUGAUUUAAAAAAAAAAUCAUGUUUAUGAGCAUAAUAACUAUGCUUUUACUAAAUUGCUCUGAAGCUUGUAUACAAAUUGCUUAUAAAUUGUUUGUAGUUGCUUUUUUUCUAAAGAAAAACGAGGUGUCUGUAUCGUCUGUUGUAGCCCUACAGCACACGCUUCUUAAAGUACUAGUCUAGGUAUAUUAAGCUGUACCGACAUGUAUAGUUUUCAGAUGUAAAAACAAGCAAUAGACGAAACUGUACAAUGUAAAAAUAUUGCGUAAUAAAAUUGUGAAGAGUAAAAUUGA